AUGAGCUCCACCGGUGAAUCCUCAAGCAGAAAAGGGAAUUCUAAAGCCGCUAAAUCCAAAUCUCGCAUAGCAGAGGCCGGUCUUACAUUCCCAGUUGAUAAAGUCAACAAAGAUCUCAAGAAAGGAAAGUAUGCCAAUCGAAUCUACACUGCUGCUGCCGUUCACCUAACAGCUGUUCUCGAGUGCCUUGCUUCCGAGGUUUUGAAGGCGGCGGGGGAUGAGUCGGUCAAAGAAAAUAAAAAAAGGAUCCAUCCUGGACACUUAAAACAGGCUGUGAAGAAUAAUGAUGAGCUGAUGCAGCUUUUACAGGAUGUCACAAUUCCAUCUGCUGACGUGGCACCAAGGGGUGGAAAGUGGAAUCCUAUCACCAAAGUGCCCACUAUCCGCUUUGACCGCGCUUCCAUUCGUCAGUUCAAAUCGGGUUAUGAUUCAGCUCUUUCCGAAGCACCUGCUAGUGCUACUAUUCUCCACUGUAGUAACUGGAAAAAGAGUUGA